GCACUUUCUGCCUCCCGUGCCCGCGCCGCCCUCCGUCGCCCGCGCUCGCCGCCUGCUGCCCGCCGCCCGGCGCCGCGCCCGCCUGCGUCCCCGAAGGCGUCCCCGGCCCGGCCGGGUCGCUGCCCCGCCCGCUGCCCCACGAGCCGCUUUGUCUCGGGUGGGGCGCGCGGGAGAGGCCGCCAGGUGCCCCCCGCCGCGGGCCCGGGCCCCAAGAGGCGGCAGCUGACGUUCCGGGAGAAGUCGCGGAUCAUCCAGGAGGUGGAGGAGAACCCUAACCUGCGCAAGGGCGAGAUCGCGCGGCGCUUCAACAUCCCGCCGUCCACGCUUAGCACAAUCCUGAAGAACAAGCGCGCCAUCCUGGCGUCGGAGCGCAAGUACGGUGUGGCCUCCACCUGCCGCAAGACCAACAAGCUGUCCCCCUACGACAAGCUCGAGGGGCUGCUCAUCGCCUGGUUCCAACAGAUCCGUGCCGCUGGCCUGCCUGUGAAGGGCAUCAUUCUCAAGGAGAAGGCUCUGCGGAUAGCAGAGGAGCUGGGCAUGGACGACUUCACUGCCUCCAACGGCUGGCUGGACCGCUUCCGCCGGCGCCACGGAGUAGUGUCCUGCAGUGGCGUGGCCCGCCCCCGCUCUCGCAGCACUGCUCCCCGGGCCCCAGCAGCGCCCUCCGGUCCACCUGCGGUGCCCUCGGAGGGCAGCGGCGGAGGUACGACGGGCUGGCGCGCUCGGGAAGAGCAGCCACCGUCGGUGGCCGAGGGCUACGCCUCCCAGGACGUGUUCAGCGCCACUGAGACCAGUCUAUGGUACGACUUUCUGCCUGAUCAGGGCGCGGGGCUGUGUGGCAGCGAUGGACGGGCGCGCAGGGCCACCCAGCGCUUGAGCGUGUUGCUGUGCGCCAACGCCGACGGCAGCGAGAAGCUGCCCCCGCUGGUGGCAGGCAAGUCAGCCAAGCCCCGUGCAGGCCAAGCCGGCCUGCCCUGCGACUACACAGCCAACUCUAAGGGUGGUGUCACCACCCAGGCCCUGGCCAAGUACCUGAAGGCCCUAGACACCCGCAUGGCAGCAGAAUCUCGCCGAGUCUUGCUACUUGCCGGCCGCCUGGCUGCCCAGUCCCUGGAUACCUCGGGCCUGCGUCAUGUGCAGCUGGCCUUCUUCCCUCCGGGCACCGUGCAGCCGCUGGAGCGGGGCGUGGUCCAACAGGUGAAGGGCCACUACCGCCAGGCUAUGCUGCUCAAGGCUAUGGCGGCGCUAGAGGGCCAAGAUCGUUCUGCCCUGCAGCUGGGUCUUAUGGAGGCCCUGCACUUUGUGGCCGCAGCGUGGCAGGCAGUGGAACCUUCGGACAUAGCUGCCUGCUUUCGUGAGGCUGGCUUCGGGGGUGGCCCAAAUGCUACCAUCACCACUGCCCUCAAGAGCGAGGGGGAGGAAGAGGAGGAGGAGGAAGAAGAAGAGGAGGAAGAGGAAGAGGAGGGAGAAGGGGAGGAGGAGGAGGAAGAAGAAGGAGAGGAAGAGGAGGAAGGAGGGGAAGGGGAGGAAUUGGGAGAGGAAGAGGAGGUGGAAGAGGAGGGUGACGUUGAUGACAGUGAUGAAGAGGAGGAGGAAGAGGAGGAGGAGAGCUCCUCUGAGGGCUUGGAGGCAGAGGACUGGGCCCGGGGGGUAGUGGAGGCCGGCGGCAGCUUUGGAGGCUAUGGUGCCCAGGAGGAGGCCCAGUGCCCCACCCUCCAUUUCCUGGAAGGUGAGGAGGACUCUGAAUCAGACAGUGAGGAAGAGGACGACGAUGACGAUGAUGACGACGACGACGAUGAAGAUGAUGAGGAUGAGGAGGAUGGUGAUGAGUUACCUGUGCCCAGCUUCGGGGAGGCCAUGGCUUACUUCGCUAUGGUAAAGCGGUAUCUGACCUCCUUCCCCAUUGAUGAUCGUGUGCAGAGCCACAUUCUGCACUUGGAACAUGACCUGGUCCAUGUGACCAGAAAGAACCAUGCCAGGCAGGCAGGAGUUCGGGGUCUUGGACAUCAAAGCUGAGCCAUUGGGCCUAGCCAUACCCUCGACCCAGAUGUGGCAGCACCAGCCCAGGGCAAAGGACUCUUUGGGCAGCUGCUGUGGUUGGAGCCAGAGUGGGAAGCCCCAGAUCCUUUAGUGAUGUUCACCAGGCCCUGUGAACAAGCCCAGUCACCUUGGCGGGGCCCGGGCUUAGGGUCAGCCUCACUGCCUGCUUAUUGCCUCUUUCUCAGAGUCCUAUUUCCUCCCCAUUUGCCCCUGGGCUUGGGGUACCAGGUGGGGAGCUGUCCGGUGCUACCACACCAUGCCAUCAGUGGACUAGGCCACAACAGCUUCCAGGGAUGGACCCUGGAAGCUCCCGGCCAGAGAGUGCCUCUCCCCUCUGCCGUCUACACCAGGUUUCGGUGGGGGGGACCCCAAAGCCAUUCUGGGAAGGGCUUCAUAGGAAGGUCCAGCCUAGGCCCCCACAAGGCUGGCAGCCCCCCAUCCCUGCCCCCAGACCACCUCCAGAAGCACAGUCUAACUCACUGCAGGCUUUUGAGCCUGCCUCUUGCCUGCUUUCCCACCCCUGAUCCCUUUCUUUGGCCCAGCCCAUUGUUACUAUGGCCCUCAGUUUUCUUUCCAGAUUGGAGGUUCCCAAGAGACCUUCCAGGGGAGUGAAAAUGGGUGUUUCUUUCCCUUGUGGGCAUCUGCAGGCCUUGUGCCUCUCCUUCUCUGGCAGGGUCCUAUCCUGGGCAGGGGGCCUGGGGCUGGGCCCAGAGUCCAGCUGUCCAGCUGCUCUUUUCCCAGUACGAAUUCAAUAAAUCUGUCCACCCCCCUUUUUGUGAGGGUGAACGUUUUAACAGCCAA